AUGAGUGCCCUGCGGCUCACGGGCUGUGCGUUUCCAGUGCCGGGCCCGCAGGGGACCGUCAACCUUGGCACCUUCGUGUCAUCUUUCACAGUGAUGCCGUCAGCCCCUCCCGUCCUCGGCCCGCCACACUGGGCCCCCUGGCAGCAGCACCCACCGAACGUCCUGGGCCCAGUGUUGCCCCCAGGAAGCACCCUGGUGCUGCCGACUCUUCCCAGCACACCGUUGGUGGCAGCACAGGCCAGCUGUGGCCCAGGCUGGCCCGGGGCCUGCAACGUCACUGUGCACGUCUGGCUGGAACAGAGGCCCUUCCUGGCGGCCUCGGGAGUGAAGACCAUCCUGCCCGCCCCUCCUGCCUGGAGCACCCAGGCUAGCGAUGAAGGCUGGUCCCUGCACCGUCCACCUCGAGCUGCAGUGCCAGCUGCCCAGCUGGCCUCUGGCGGGCUCCCAGCAUUGGCCAGUCCUCGUCCACCUGGGGCCGCUAGGAACAGCGGCCCGGCCUGCUCGCAGCCCACCGCCUCGCCCGGGAACGCCUGCCACCGCACCAGCGUGAACGAAAAGUUCCGGCGCUGGCAGCACUGCAAGCCCCUGGCCCGCAGGCACCUGCCCCAGAGUCCCGAUGCGGAGGCACUGUCCUGCUUCCUCAUCCCAGUGCUUCGGACCCUGGCCCGCCGGAACCCCACCAUGACCCGGGAGGAGGUCCUGCAGCGGGGCGUGCAGAAGUGGCAUUGUCUAAGCAAGUCAGAGCGCAGCAUCUACUAUGUGAUGGCGGGAAGGUUCAUGGAGUUCGAGGCCGAGGAGGCGAGGCAAUGUCAGAACGCACAGUGGAUGAAGGCGGCGCAGGGCGUGCCUCAUCCAGCACCCCUCAGGCCUGUUCCUCGGGCGCCCUCAGCCCCAGAGCGGGGCCAGAAGCGAGCACGCAGCCGCAAGAAGGCCAGCGCCGGGGCCCAGUCCGCCAACGCCCAGCCACCGCGAUGCCGGCAGAGCCCGCACACCGAGGCGCCGACGGAGAUCCCCCUCGAGGCCGUGGCAGAGGGCCUGGAGAUCAUGGAGGGGCUGCUGGGGCCCAGCGGCCCAACUCAGGGGCUGCCCGGUGAAGAACGUGGGGAGGAUAGCUCCAAGCCGCCACAGGGAGAGGAGGGCGUCUAUCCAGACGCGGGUCUCCUGACCUACAUCAAUGAGCUUUGUGCCCAGGGAGACUUUCUCAACAAGGCGGACGCAGUUCUGCACCCACGCUUCCUGGCGGAGUUGCCCUGCCCGGAAGCCCAGCUGGAUCUCUUGGCCCUCGCUGAGGAGCUGGAGCAGGAGGAAGGACUGUCUUUGGCACAGCUGGAGCAGAAGCGACUCCUGGAACUGAAGCAGGAGGAGGGUGUGCAGGCCCCCGCGAGUCACGGCACACCCCGACUGGACUCAAGGCCUUCUGGGUCUGAGGCCGGCCAGGAUCCCCAGAGGCACGGCCACGGCCCCCAGCUAGGGGCCAGCGACCAAGCCUGCCCACCAGAGUCUGGUUGCGGGCAGCGCCAGGCGCACAGCCGAGGAGACGCUGGCGUGUGGAGGCCCGAAGCCUUCGCUGCCUCUCCAGGACGCCAGGAGCCCCCUCCCCUGAAGGCUGGCUGGCGGCCCCAUGUCCCCCAGGCUCGGUGCCGCACUUCGCCCAGCCUGGGGCCCAGGCUCGCCACUGCUCCGGGAGAGACCUGUCCUGCUCGGGAGCCCCUGGGGCCCACGGGCAGGCCCAGUGAGGGCGAGGAGGAGCUCCCCAGCCUGGCCUUCCUCCUGGCAUCUCAGCACACACUGCCAUCCUGGGGACUGCCCCAGAGUCCUACUCCAGGCUCAGACCUCCUCCGCCCUGGAGUACCCCAGGCCCGCUCUCCCCAGAAGCCGGGCCUCAGCCCCGCUGGCCCUCCAGCUGGCAAGGCCAGCAGUCGGGCCCCGUGUGCAGGCCCAGCCCCUGCUGGGAAGACACCCCUGCCAGGGGCCAGCCUCGGGGUCGCUGGGGGACCAGCCUUGGCUCUGGGGCUGGGCUGCCCCUCACAGCCCCGGAAGAGAAGGGGGGACCCUUUCGGCACAGGGAAGGGUAGGAAGCGGCCCUGCAGCCAGUAG